AUGAUUCCCUCCACCUCGACCGACAUUCCCCUCACCGAUCAUGUUGUUCCGGUGCGUUUAAUUCGAAUUCUAAUCACUCAACAGUUCUUUUGUUCUCAAUAAAAACUUUCAGGACCUGGUUGUGCAUUCGGACUACGAAGACGCGGUGUCGAGUGGAGAAGAGCUCACGAAGCUGUGCUCUUCGCUCAAAAACCAUUUGGUUUCGUCGUCGAAAAUGCGACGAGAGAAGACCGUUUCUAAGAUUCUGAGCAACCGCGAAAGGAUGGCGCAGUACAACCGCGAGUCGAGCAGCGAGCACUCGAGUUUGGAGAAACUUCGUUAGUUUAGAGGAAACAAACUGAAACAGAGGAGACUUUUGGUUGAUGCACAAUAGUUGAAACUGGAUAGGACCUUCCGAUAUCAAAGAAAGUAGGAGACUGUUACCCUAGUUUGUAUUGAAAGCGACAAGAUACUUCAAAGAAAUGCAUUUUAAUACCUAAACAUCCAUGAAUUCCCUAUUGUUUUUAUUUCAGAACCCGGAGAAAUGCGUAGCCGCCGGAGUACGGGACUUCCGAAGCGAAGAACCAACUCUGACAGCGAUCAUAGCAGCGAUUGGAAGGUGCUGAACUUGGCGGUAAGCUCGAGAAGUUCACAAUAGCUCAUAACUUUUCCCAUUCAUUUCAGUUCCAAGAAAUGGCUCACUAUCCUCUUUUAAUGCAGCUCAAUGAGCAGCUGAUGGAAAUAUCGAGGCAAUUAAACAGUGUGGAAGCCACGAAUGCUUUGCAGUUGAAAGUUAUUAUGCAUUUGUUGAAUAGGGUAUCCAAGGUAACAUAUUUUGAAAUUGUUUGAUACCCUCAAGCCUUCUGUGAUUACAGCGUCGAACAUCGUGGUUCCAGUCGGUCUGCCAGUUCCUCCGAAACUUUCAAUUCUUCAUUUUCGCCUUCUCCUGGCCGUUCAUAGCCCGUCUAAUCUAUAUGUGGUACCUGAGAAUGAUCAGAGCUCGGUGA